CGUCCACACUUCCGGAGCAAUGUGCAUUGUGGGGAGGUCACGACGUGUGGAGCCCCAUCCAAGACGGCGGCUCCUCAUCCUCCUCAUCCCACCACCACCACGGGACAACUUCUCCUGCCACCGCCACGGACACAGAGGGAUGUCGGAAUACGAUGAAUUUGAGAAGCAGCUGUUGAACAACAGGGAAGAGCGGCUGGCGGAGCAUGGAAAGGUGCGACGGCACAGCCACAAAAAGCGGAGCCGCAGUCACAGCCGGAGCCGGAAGAGGCGCAGCCGUUCCCGGGACCACAAGCGCCGCUCACGCAGUCGUUCUCGCUCUCCAAAAAAGUGUCGCAAAAAGAAGGCUUACAAGUACUGGGACGUCCCUGCCCCUGGCUUUGAACACAUCACACCGCUGCAGUACAAAGCCAUGCAAGCGGCGGGACAGAUUCCGGCGACCCCACUGCUGCUGCCGAGCGUGGCGGGCGAGGUGCCGGCCACUCCCACACAGGCGUUGGUGGUCGGCAGCCAGAUGACACGGCAGGCCCGGCGUCUCUACAUCGGCAACAUACCCUUCGGCGCUACCGAGGAAGCCAUGCUUAUGUUCUUCAACACACAGAUGAAAUUGGCUGGCCUCAACCAGGCUCCAGGUGACCCCAUCCUGGCUGUCCAAGUCAACCUGGACAAGAACUUUGCCUUCCUUGAGUUCCGCUCGGUGGAUGAGACGACGCAGGCGAUGGCGUUCGACGGAAUCCUGUUCCAAGGCCAGAGCCUCAAGAUCCGACGGCCGCAUGACUACCAGCCGCUGCCUGGCAUGUCCGAGGCGCCCACGGUCCACGUGCCAGGUGUUGUCUCCACUGUUGUACCAGAUUCUCCGCACAAAAUCUUCAUCGGGGGCCUGCCAAGCUACUUGAACGAGGACCAGGUUAAGGAGCUCCUCACUGCGUUUGGGCCUCUGAAAGCAUUCAACCUGGUGAAGGACAGCUCCACCUCCCUGUCGAAGGGCUACGCUUUCUGCGAGUACGUGGACGUCAACAUGACGGACCAGGCCAUCGCGGGACUCAAUGGAAUGCAAAUCGGAGACAAGAAACUCGUGGUUCAGAGAGCCAGCGUCGGAUCAAAGAAUGCCGCGCAGGGCGCGGUGACGCAGACGCCAGUGGCGCUGCAGGUCCCCGGACUGGGUCCCACGCAGGUGCAGCACAGCGGGCUGCCCACCGAGGUGCUGUGCCUCAUGAACAUGGUGACGGCGGCCGAGCUUGCGGAGGAGGAGGAGUACGAGGACAUCGUUGAGGACAUCCGCGAGGAGUGCGAGAAGUACGGCUGCGUGCGGUCGCUCGAGAUCCCGCGUCCCAUCAACGGCCUCGAGGUGCCGGGCUGCGGGAAGAUUUUUGUGGAGUUUUCAUCCAUACUUGACUGCCAGAGGGCCCAGCAAGCAUUGUCAGGACGCAAGUUCGCGAGUCGCGUAGUCGUGUCAAAGUACUACGACCCAGACAAAUACCACAGGAGGGAGUUCUAAACAAAUAAUUCUCACUUAGUUUUUUUUCCGAGCCCUUGUCGCGUUAUUUAUUUGGAUAGAAUUACGGACGUUUCUCUCCACGUUCUGGGAGCUUUUAAGUUCCUGUUUUUUUCUGGUCGUACUGGGUGCUGUGUUGGGCUUGAUGUACGACGUUCCGUUGAACAUGCCCAGAGAGCUAGUGGUUACUUCAGCUUGGAAGAAGCUCCCACGACGCGGAGCGAGGACGUUGGACAUGCCGAACAAUGCGUGGUACGGCCCCAAAGAGCGAUGGAAUGUUGUUGUCGCUGCUUCUGCUGCUUGUUUAUUGAAUGACUCCAGGCAUGUGCACAUGGUUUAGAAUGACAAAAAAGGGUUACAAGACAUUGGAAUGUUAGGAAGAAAGUUCCCCCUGCAGUUGUAAAUUAAAAGUGAUUUUAAUUAUGGCACUUGGUUCAAAGCAGUUUUGCUUAAUUUUGUGAAAUCUUUAGCAAAAGCCCUGCAUUACUCAUUCCCCAUUAGCUAGAUAUGUUGACCCCUUAGGACAUGCAAAUAAAUAUUUUAUUUAUUUAAAAAGUUACGUUUAAAAUGACUUUGCUUUAUUUUUACUUGGACGAAAUUCUAAAAAAGAUUUGGCAACAGCAGUGUGACGUGAAUGGCAUUGGUGUGCAUCAUGACUUAUGGACAAGAACAAUUCUUGAAAUGUACUAGCUAGUGCCGGAGUAAUAUAAAGUGCAAAGUUUUGUGUUUUUAUAUCUGUUCGUGUUGCUUUUCAAAACUGAAACUAAAAUUAGCAGAUGUUCCAUUGAGAUGUAAUUUUUAGCAAAUGUUGAGAUUGUAUAUCUCGACAGGCAGAGCACUACCUUGUGUGCACACGUUUUGUAAACUCCACUGCCUCCUGGCAAUAUAAUAAUCAGGGGGGUCGUGUGUGGUGUGGGGACUUUGUUCCAAACAUUGUCGUUUAAACUGACCUAGUAAAAGCAACAACAUGCCUUCCACGUAUGAUGCUGCUCUCGGUUGUAAUUUUAACAAAGCGGUUAUUCUACGCACAGCAGACAGAGAUAGCUCAAUCUGAAACGCAUUUGAUGAAUACACGUCAAAAUUAGCGAAUCGAACAACAUCAUGUUUGUAUGUACGUAUGCUGAACUUUUUUCGCACCGCACUUAGCCAACCGUGAUAAUCGGAGGUGUGGGGGAGGGGAGAGGACAACAAACUAAACAAAAAGAGCAGUUUGUACUCAAAGGAAAGGAGGCAGACUUUACAAGAUUAUGGAACCCACUCCCAAACAACACAUUUAAACCUCCGCCUCAUGCCUGGGAUGUCGGGCUCAACGUAUGCAUACAAUCCAUUCCCCCCCCCCCCCCCCCCAGUAGCAUUUUUUUCCUUUCAUCUCCACAUUUUGAUGAAGAAGAGAGCGAAGAUCUGUCUGCCAGAAGUUCUGCGAGGCCGAGAUGUGUCGCCCUGCGUGCAUCACGAGUUGGAGGACUUGCUGGCCUGUGACCAGGCUCCAGACUUGGAAGCGAUGUCAGUUCAGUUCUGAGUUAUGUGCACAACUUGAUCGCGUGAGGUUAUUGGCAAUAGCCUAAUGUGCGACAGGGUUUCUAGACAAAUCGGUAGGAUUACCAAUCAUUCUCGGUGCUAGACAGUAAAGCAUGGGUGUUUUAAAGGGAUAACAGACAUCGUAGCUUGCAGACUCGAGGCUCACAAGGUAUGAUUUAUGAAAGACGUGUUGUGAUUGGCGAUCACACUAUAACAAAAGGAAUAGUAUCCUCACUGUGAUCUUAUUUAAUUAAAUCUGAUGAUGCCCUGCAUUUAUAAGUAUGCUGCUGUGUAAACAUGUAUGCAGUAAAUGAAAUAGUUUGGUCGUGUCACCAAAUGUCACUUGUGUUGUUGGUUUAUGCCAUUCCACAUGACUUUUCAGAGGGUCGUCGGUAAUAUUGUUCUGGUAAUGUCUUUCACAACCUUUUGCAGGCCCCCGAAUAUUCUACGCAGCUUCUGCUGUUGAGCAACAAUGUCCACUCUGCGGCACGAUGUAGAGGGAUGAGAGAGAAGGAGUCUCCCCCCCCCCCCUCCUUGUAAGUGAACAUUAUUGGUGUGGGGAAUGAUUUGAGGGCUCGAGUUUUCACUUCAUAGGGCUCGCUAAAAGUUGCUACAAGGCAAACCCUGUUUAGUUUAUCCAUCGUUCGCCGUUCACGAGGUCACACCUUGGGUUAAGUAAGGCGGAAUUGCCCUCUGUGAGGCUCAAAUGAACUUUACUGGUGAGCAAGGGGGUGGUGUGAGGUCUGCAAGUGUCCUCGUGCAGUUAAAUAACUGGCGGCGAUGAGUAUGAAUUAGCGUGUGGUGAGGUUAUAUUGCUGCUUGUGAAUUUAUAGCCGUUUCUGAGCACUUAUUUGAUACAGAGACAGCUGCGUGUUGGAUUGAUACCUUGGAGUAGCUCUUUCCACUGGUUAGAGGCUGUACCACCACCACAAGAGUGUUUCACGUUGGUCUGGUUUUUGUAGACGUCAAUGUGAGCCCGUUGAUUUCAAAGGUUGUGUUGUGUAGGGUUGCCACCAGACCAGACGACCUGGGAAUUGAAUCGAUUUGUAUCGUGAACGGGUACCGGUAUUGUGUUUGGAACUGUUAAUCUAUACUGCGCAGUUUUGAUUGCCCGAGGCUGGCUGAAAAAUAUGUCUGGGUUUGGUUUACUGUAGAAAGUUUGACACAACCUUAGUUUUGUGUGUUUUUAGUGGGGAAGUAUAACGCAAUUGUGGGAAUACUGUAUAAGAAGAAUACUGUAAUUUAAGCUAAGCUUGUCACUUUAAACAAAACGUGAAAUUUAAAACAAAGCGGUACGAAGGCAAUAAAAGUAAAUGUGCUAAUGGAAUAUAUGUAAAAAAUAUAUAUAUUGUAACUAAAUGAACUGAAUGCUCAUGAUGCUGUUUUAAAAAACACUUAGCAAUAUUGAGACUGCCUGCCUCCAACAAUUGUCGGAGUAAAGUUUCGAGCUUGAAACUCGUGGUUUGUGUUGUCCCAAAUGUGCAGAAAAUAAUGUAUCGUGAAAGUUUGUUAUUAUAUUAAGGUCUAAUUCGUCCAGCUUUAACAGAGCGUGCUACUACGGUUGGUUUGCGACUUCCUUCAAAAUGUGAUGAGCAUCGCUUUCUUAGAGUUUGUGUCGAGUGGUUUUAGCAUACAGGCGUGGAAAGGUUACAUACUGCUCAGUAUUACUACUGGAUUCGUGAGAACAUUAACCCCCCCCCCUCCCUUAGCCGACCUGUUUCGUUGCUUUUACGUUUGCUGCUUAGAUUUUCCGUCGUAAAAGCAGCCGAUGUUUAUAUUUGCCGUUUUUAAUUCCAGCCCAAACGACGUCUCAAGAACAUGCACACUAACAUACGCUGGGGCGGUUGUUGGUUUAUAAAAAAAACAAAUAACACCGUUUAAAUAAGAAGAGAAAGAAAAAAAAUUACACGUGAAAUUGUUCUUUUUUAAUGUCAAAACAUUUCUGGGAAGAAACUCAUGACUGAAAAGUUGCUCCCCGAGGUCUCAUCGCAAAUUACACCACCACCACCACUUUGGUCAUGAAUUCACUUCUAAAUAAGCUGUGCGUGUGUGUAAUUUUUACUUGGUGUAAAAGUAUUGCGGUUAUUAAAAAAAACACACUUUUCAUGACCG